AUGGCCAAGGGAAGUUUUGUUGGGACUAUAAAACCAGAAUGUCAAUCGCAGUGUGGUAAUGUGACAGUUCCAUACCCUUUCGGUAUCGCCAUGGGUGACGACACAAGUUGUUCCCAAAAUAAAAGCGUUUUUCUCUUGACUUGCAACACUUCUACCGAACCCCCAAAGUUGUUCCUCGGAAAUGGGAACAUCCAAAUAUACAAAAUUUCUGAUUCAGAGCUACGGGCCAACAGUCGGGUUGCAUUUAGUUGCUACAACAAAGAUGGGACGAUAUCUCAUGAUAUCGAAAUGGCUAGAAACAUCUAUGUAGAUCAAUACACUAUCUCUGAAAAGAACAAGUUAACGGUCAUUGGAUGUGAUGACUAUUCAUUGAUCACCGGCCGAACUAAUUUAAUAGCAAAAGAAAAUGACUUUUCUAGUGGCUGUAUUAGUUCAUGUAUCCGAGAAUCGGACAUAGCUGAUGAUGGGCAGUGCUCAGGAAAAGGAUGUUGUCUGAUACCUAUCGCAAAGGGUCUAAAGAGUUACGAGGUUGAACUAAAUAGCUUUCGGAACCACACAAAUGUUUUGUCUUUUAACCGAUGUAGCUUUGCUUUUAUCGGCGAAGAGGGUACUUUUGAGUUUCGUGGAGCUAGUGAUUUAUCUAAUUAUACAGAUCUUUGGAAUAGGGUUAGGGAGAAUGUCCCCGUUGUGAUAGAUUGGGUAAUUGCAACCAACAAAAACUGCUCAACAGCUACAGAUUGCAAAGAGAACAGUGAAUGCUAUGAUGCUAAAAAUGGUGGGUAUCGUUGUAGAUGCAACAAAGGUUACGAGGGCAAUCCAUACCUUGAUUCAGGCUGCCAAGAUAUCGACGAGUGUAAAGAUAAGAUCAAGAAUUCAUGUUAUGGUGAUUGUAUUAACACUUUCGGUAACUACACAUGCAAUUGCAAAGAAGGGUAUUCCGGAGAUCCCAGAGUUCUAAACGGAUGUCGUGAAAUACCAAAAAAACCAUUCCAUCAAACUCUCUUAUUCUAUCUAGGUAUUGGACUUGCAGUACCCGUACUACUAAUUGGAUUAGUGAUGUUGUACUUCAUGGCUCAAAAAAGGAAGCUAGUAAAACUAAGAGAAAUGUAUUACGAACAAAAUGGGGGUGCACUAUUGAAAGACACAAUAAAAACUAAGGGUGGUGUUAGUCUUAAUUCUAUGAACAUUUUCCGUGUUGAAGAGCUAAAAGAAGCAACUGACAAUUUUGCGGAAAGCAAGGUUAUUGGUAGGGGAGGCAAUGGUAUCGUGUACAAGGGAACUCUAAAAGAUAAGCGUCUUGUUGCAAUUAAGAAAUCCCAAAAGGUAGAUGAAGGACAACGAGAGGAUUUUAUAAAUGAAAUGGUGAUUCUCACACAGAUUAAUCACACAAACGUGGUGCAACUUUUAGGAUUUUGUUUGGAAACCGACGUCCCAUUGUUAGCUUAUGAAUUUGUCGCAAACGACACUCUUCAUUGCCACAUUCAUAAUAGCAAAACCGACACAAGGAGAUUGUCAUGGGAUACUCGUUUAAGGAUAGCACAUGAAUCAGCUAGUGCGCUUGCUUAUCUUCACACGGAUGCUAGAAUGUCUAUCAUACAUAGAGAUGUUAAAUCUACUAACAUCUUGUUGGAUGAAAAUUACACCGCAAAAAUUGCAGAUUUUGGUGCUUCAAGGCUUGUUCCCUUAGGUCAUGAUGGAGUUGUUACUCUAGUUCAAGGAACGUUUGGAUACUUAGAUCCUGAAUAUUUUCAUACAGGCCAAUUAACUGAUAGAAGUGAUGUCUAUAGCUUUGGUGUGGUUCUUGCGGAACUCUUAACGGGACAACAACCCCUCAAUAUGGAAAGAUGUGUACAAGAGCGAACUCUUUCAACAUAUUUUGUGAAAGCAGUGAAGGAAGAUACAUUUCUUAAUAUUCUUGAAAAGGAUGUGGCAAAAGAGGCAAACUACGAUCAACUCAAAGCAAUAAGCGUCCUGGUAUGUAGGUGUCUUAACCAAGUAGGUGGGAACAGACCUAGCAUGAAAGAAGUGACUAUGGAGCUUGAUGCUUUGCGAAAGUUGGGGAAGCAUACUAAUUGGGUUAUUGAAGACAAUUACAAUGAAACGAGCAGUCUUAUGAUUGAUAUUGAACCAACUGACUUUUAUACUAUCCCGUUUAUGCCUAAGAGUAAUAACUUCGGAGACAGUUCUAUAACUAGUGAAAUGCAAGACAUGAUGCUCCAAUUAAAGAGUGCUCGUUGA